ACCAAGUGUUCAGUCUUCAACACACUAAAGCUUUCUAUCAAUUAAAGCAAAUCUUGAGCUUCUUCUUCUAUCUUUUUUUUCUUCGCUAAGAUGGGUAUCCAACUAACGGGACUAGCUCAUGCCAAGCAAAAGCUCCAGCGAACCCUUUCAGGAAGAAUUGGGAAUGCAUUGGCAGCAACAUCAAAUGUUCCUAAAGGCCAUAUUGCAGUUUAUGUUGGGGAAGGCAACAGGAAGAGAUUUGUGAUUCCGAUAACUUACUUGAAUCAUCCUCUGUUUCAAGACCUGUUAAAUCGAGCUGAGGAAGAAUUCGGAUUCAACCAUCCAAUGGGUGGUCUCACAAUUCCAUGCAGUGAAGAGUACUUCAUCAGUCUAACUACAUUAUUAAACUGUUCAUAGAUGGUUGCAGCACCAAAAUUAAGGAUGCAGACAACAUUAAUCUCUUUCUUCUCGCUUACAAGUUACAUCGAGACAACAAGAUUCGAGACGGUGAAAGCAAAAACAAAAAAAAAAUGCAGUCUCUUCAAAUUUUUGUUUUGCACGUCCUGCUAAUUCAAUCCCCUGUGAACCUUCUGUAAUUUGUUAAGCAAUAAGACUGAUUCCUUUGUUGACAACAACCUGUUGUUCUGAGCCAGUUUGAUUAAUGAUCAAUCAAUCGUUCUGCAAGUUAAA